GGGGCUCGAUCAUGGGGAUCCAGCCGAGCCCGGUGCUGCUGACCUCCCUGGGGGUGGGCCUCUUGUCUCUGCUCGGCCUGGCUCUGGGCUCCUACCUGAUUCGGAGGUCCCGCCGGCCGCGAGUCACUCUCCUGGACCCUAAUGAGAAGUACCUGCUGCGACUGCUAGACAAGACGACUGUGAGCCACAACACCAAGAGGUUCCGCUUCGCGCUGCCCACCGCCCACCACGUUCUGGGACUGCCUGUGGGCCAACACGUGUACCUGUCUGCCCGAAUCAACGGCAGCCUGGUCAUCAGGCCGUACACUCCUGUCACCAGUGAUGAGGACCGUGGCUACGUGGACCUUGUUAUCAAGGUCUACCUAAAGGAUGUACACCCCAAAUUUCCUGAGGGAGGGAAGAUGUCUCAGUACCUGGAUAGCCUGAGGAUUGGGGAUGUGGUGGAGUUCCGGGGACCAAGUGGAUUGCUCACUUAUGCUGGGAAAGGGAAUUUUCACAUUCAGCCCAACAAGAAAUCUCCCCCAGAACGCCGAGGGGCAAACCAACUGGGAAUGAUUGCCGGCGGGACAGGGAUCACCCCGAUGCUACAACUGAUCCGGGCCAUCCUGAAAGACCCUGAAGAUCCAACCCAGUGCUUCCUGCUUUUUGCCAACCAGACUGAAAAGGACAUAAUCUUGCGGGAGGACUUGGAGGAACUACAGGCCCAAUAUCCCAGUCGCUUUAAGCUCUGGUUCACUCUGGAUCAGCCCCCGAGAGAUUGGGCCUACAGCAAGGGCUUUGUGACUGCCAACAUGAUCCAGGAGCACCUGCCUGCCCCAGGAAGUGACGUGUUGAUCCUGCUCUGCGGACCACCUCCAAUGGUGCAGCUGGCCUGCCAUCCCAACUUGGACAAACUGGGCUACUCACCAAAGAUGCAGUUCACUUACUGAGCGCCCUCCAGCUUCCCUGGCCCCAUUCCCUGCCGUUGUCCCCAGUCCGGGCCCAACUGCUAUAAGCCCUGGGGCCCUUAUAGAAUUAGCCUUUUGUGUCUUACUCUGGCGCUAAAAUCAAAACACUAUCUGCAGGGCCCACAUCCCUCCUGCCCAUGGAAGAGGACUAAAUGGAAAGUGAGUCCCUGGAAGGCCCUCCAGCUCUCCCUGUGAUACGAGGUCCCCAUCCCGCCCAUGGGGUCAGAAAGAAGGGAGCAUGCACAUGUAUUCCAAGACUGGCGAGUCCUUUGAUAGUGUUACAGGCUCACUUACUCUGUGAUGAAAGGCACAAUCCCUACAGUGACUUCACUUAAUAUUUGGUGCUUCACUCAUAGGCAGGUUCGACAUGGAUAAGUGCAAGUUGAGCAAAAGACUAUCAAAGUAGUGAGAUCAUAGGAGAAGAGAGAAUUUCUUCAGGUCUCCAGGCCUCAGGGAAA